AUGGAUCUGAGAUGGCUCAUUCUUUCAACAACUCUUGUGGCAUCUAUACAAGCUCAGUUCACAAUACAACCAGUAUCAGUGGUACAGGCCCAAGGGCUGAAUGCAGUGUUUGAGUGUCGGUAUCCUGGAGCACAAAAUCGCAAUUGGGGAUUCAAUGGAGAGUUUCCUACAGAUGAUAGCUACCCACCCAAUGUGACUGUUGCUCUACCAUUUGGAACACUGACCAUCCCAGCCACAGGGCAGUGCAACAACACUGUGGUGCAGUCUUGUUUUUGUACCCCGUUCCUCUCAGGUCCUCUUUCAGCUGUCUCCAACCUCCAUGCUCAGUCAUCAAGUACCAACAUCACAAUCACCUGGGAUGCCCCCUUCUCUCUUAACCUCACCACAGCUGAACCAGACAUACAGUAUUGUGUGGAUGUGUACGAUAGUGCCACUGAUGUUCUACUACACUCUGAGUGUGGUAUUAUUGAGGAACGCUACACCUAUUCCCCUAGCAACCCCUGCUCAACGUAUGCAUUGUUAGUGGCACCUAAGAGUAAUCUUGGCGGAGCUCUCAAUGGAAGCAUUGCACGGUUUCAGGAAUUCACAGUGCGGCCAGUAUCAUUGAUACAAGCUGAAGGCCUGAAGGCAGUGUUUGAGUGUUUGUACCCUGGUGCCCUAAGUCACAGUUGGGGGAUCAAUGGAAUGUACCCAGCUGAUGAUGCGUUUCCACCUGAUGUAACUCGUACCCUACCGUCUGGUGAUACUCCAGCAAGACUGUCCAUUCCAUCAACAGGCCAAUACAACAACACUGUGGUGCAGUGUAGGGCUGUGCUUGAUGUGGGAGGAGAUGCGCAGUUUGUGCAAACAUGUGAUGCUCUGUUGUUAGUACAAGGUCCACUGGGCUCUGUUACUGGACUGACACUGGACAUGGUGACCUCUACUUCAGUGACUCUCACCUGGGAUCCUCCCUUCUCUCUAGACCUCACCACAGCUGAGCCAGACAUACAGUAUUGUGUGGAUGUACACAGUGUCCCUGGAAGACAACUGGUGGAGUCAACAUGUGACAUCAUCGACACUAACUACACUUUCUCUACCAGUAAUCAAGACCAGUUAGUGUUUACAGUGACACCAAGAAGCAAUGUGGAGGGCAGUCUCAAUGGAACUUCCAAUGAACUAGUCGGACCUCCUUCGCAAGCUAAUGACACGAUUACUGACAUCUCACCAUCGUCAUCUCUUCCUGAGUCUAUUCAACCACCCUCUAUUUAUACAAUAGCAGUGUCUUCAGGUGUGACUGCUGUGGUAGUUCUACUCCUACUCUUAGUCAUUGCCAUUUUAACAGCUGUUGUCGUAGUGAAACAAAAACUAAGGAACCACAAAGAUGAUGUUGUUGUAUCAGAUGGAAGAGUGGAUUUGUCAUCAACAUUGCCAGGAAUUGAGCAGCCUAACGAAGUUCAUGCUCCAGUGCUCAAUAAGAACAUUGCCUAUGAGCAGACACGGAUACCAAGACACAAUGAACACACUACCACCAUCGUCACCACGGUAGUAGCAAUGGAUAAUAUUGAGCCUAGUCAUGAGUACGAAGAAGUAUUACCUCAGGGACAUUUUUAGAACGAUUGAACAUCACUUCACAUCAAUGUGGCAACAUAAACCACACCUCGCCCUCGAACCAUAGUAUAACUAAGGUCAAAUUAUGCUAAUUUAGUACCUCAAUUAUGCUAGUUGCUAGAAGUCUCCCUAUUAUUCCAAAAAUUAUGCUAGCAUAAUUUGCCAAGCCCUAUAGUGCAUGGGGGCUUCAAUCCAUAAUCACUCUGUUGUCUACGACCUCAGUAUCUCUCCUCCAUGCACCUCUGAGCUCUCAAUGACAAACAGUUUAGCGAUAUCUGUAGCUUAAGUCGUAGCUUGAUUGUAGUCAUCGUCCUUACACAACUCCUUGCGGCCAUUGCCAUAGA